GGGUUUCUCUCUGUCACCACGGCUGGAGUGCAGUGAUGCAGUCUUGGCUCACUGCAGCCUUGACCUCCCUGGCUCAAACAAUCCUCCCACCCCAGCCUGCUGAGUGGCUGGCACCACAGGCAUGUGCCACCAUGCCUGGCUAAGUUUUUGUAAUUUUAGUAGAGACGGGGUUUCACCGUGUUGCCCAGGCUGGUCUCGAAUUCCUGAGCUUGAGCAAUCCUCUCACUUCUGUCUCCCGAAGUGCUGGGAUUACAGGUGUGAGCCACCAAGCCCGGCCUAAAAAUGAGAUGUUAUACAUUUACCUCAGACCCCAGAUUCUACAAUCCACAGGCAAGAUAAGUGGCAUCAGGGGAGGACAGCAGAAGACUGUUAAGUGUGCCUUGUGGAACCCAGCGGUUACAGUUUCAAGUCCACAGCCUGGUAAAGUCUGAGACCCCAAGGGAGGGAAUGAGAGGGAAAGUGGGUGCCUGUGUCUGGGUACCUCAACCUGCCUGCCUAUGUAAGGACCCAGUGGGGCACAGGACAGGAGAUCUGGGGCACCAGUAUUUGCGUUCAGCAUCAGACGAUCUACACAGGACAGGAGGCAGGUGGGAGGACUGAAGGAAACAGCCUCUGAAACAGGGUCAGUCUGGAGGCAGCAGGGUUGUGGGCCUCAGGGGUUCCCUCCAGGAGGGCCGAGGGAACACAACCGCAGGGGCAGAGCACAGGUGUAGCAGAGAAGGGCUCAGUGCCAGUUCCUUUGAGAGACGGUCAGGGAGCGGACAGAGGGGGCCCAUAGCCGACUAGGGGAGGCUUGGUCAUGGGCUCCUCUUUCCUCAGUGGGCUGAGGGGUUAGGUCCUUUGAGGAGCGCUGAGGAGACUGUGGUAAGGGGAAGCGCCCUCCAUCCCAGAGGCUUUCCCGGAACAAGUGGGUUGGAAGGACCAGGUGUUUGGGAGCUGCUGGGAGCAGGUGCAGAAGCCAAGGCAUUCCCAGAUGGGAGAGGCUGGGGGUGGCAAGGUGGCUUUUCAGGGAUCCAGCCUGCAUGCCACCUAUGCAGCCAUGCUCCGGGGGCGACAUCCGCCUGUGUCCUUCAGCUCUCCCUCAGCCUCCACCCGCCACCCGGGAGUCAGUGCCUGGACUGGAGCUCUAGCUAGAGGGCGUCUAGGAAAGGUCCCAAGGGGUGCGCAGGAUGACCUGGUGUCUCUCCAGAGUCACCCCUGCUAAAAUACUAUGUGGCCAGCCCCAAGUCAGUUGCAGGUCAUGGUGUUGGGAUCUUCCACAAGGCCUCCUGGAGUCGCGCUGGAGGAGGGUGGGGUACUCAGUCCGUCGCGGAGCCCCAGGCCAUCCGUCGCCAAGAGGAGCACUCCAGUGCUUCCCUCCUAAUGCUUUCUUAUCUUGCCGGGAGGGGAACUGGGCCAGCCUUACUCACCCAAUCUAUGCAUGAGGCUUCCCCAACGCGCCAGAAGCCCUUCCUUCGCAGAGGUGGGCUUGCCCCGGCCUGUCCCGGUUCCUCUACCAUGGUUGGGGCACAGUGGCCGAGGACUCCGUCCCAGCGCGGCUGAGCCGGAAAGCAAUGGCGGCCGGAGGGGUCGGGAGGUUGGUUAGCGCUUUACGGAGCUGCGUGUUCCGUUUCCAAGGGCCGUAGAGCCUUCUACUGGGAGCCACCGUGGAUCAGGCCAGGGGUUCGUCAGCUGCAUUUGCCAGACCGCAUCGCAGCACGCGCACCCACACGCGCACACGCCCUACUCGCAGGAGACUAAGCGCCCGAAAAGGCGCGUCCCCGGGCGGGGUGCAGCCGGUCCAGGAAAGGGGACAGGGCGCAAGGGCCAUUUGGGGAAGGAAAAAGGGGGCGAACCAUGACCUUGACCUAAUAGAAGGCCGAGGACGUGAAGAGGCUGGUAGAUAAGUUGGCGAGGCUCGCAGCGAAAACCCAAAGCAGCCGAGCUCGGAGAGCGCCGUCUCAGCGGGCGAGGGCGUAGCCCGGGGAAUGCACGGAGGUCCGUCUAGUCAGUCGGGGCGCGCUUCCUGGAGGAGGAGGAGAAGGACUUACGGCCGGAGCUACGGGGGAGAAAUGCAGGAGGCGGGGCAGCCAGCGGGCGUGGCCCUGCGGAGGUCCCCGGUCGAAAGGAGGAGACAGGGGCCGGCCGCGUACUUAAAGCGGACGCGGGGGAAGCCCUCCCGGGGUCUGCCUCAGUCGCACAGCUCGGUGGGCUCGUGGUGCAGUCGAACGUUUUCCCAGAAGCUCCCCGGCCCCGUCCAGCCCCUAACCCCUCGACGCUGGGUUUGCUGGGUCCGGCGCGCACAGGCUCGAAGGAGCCGCGUCUACUCGGUUUGGCCCAGCAGCUGCGGGCGGCGGGGAGCAGCCCAGCCCGGCUGGAGCAGCCUCCCGCGGGUGAGGGCGCGGGGCGGGCGGCCGGGUCCCAGCCCUCGGCAGCUCUGCCUACCGCGCCCGGGCGUGGCGUCUGAGCGGCAUUAGGACCCAGGCGCGGCGCGGGGGUGUGUCGCCGGCUCCCGCUGCUGGCCCGCCCGAGUCGCCGAGUUUGGGGUCCAGAAGCGCCGGAGCGCCGCGUGAGGAGCCCGGCCGCGAGUGCGCGAGUGUGCCAUGGCCGCGACCACCAGGCGCGUGUUCCAUCUGCAGCCGUGCGGUGGGUGCCUGAACCCGGGGGCGCGGCGGGAAGGCCGCCCGGGUCUCCGCCACCGUCUCCCGUCGGGGACCCCAGGGAGAACGCGGAUGCCGUCUGCCUGCGCGGGCCGGGGCCGGUGGGCGAGAGGGCUGCGGGAUUCCCAGCCGCGGGGAGGAGGGCGCGGGUGCGGGAGGCCCGGGCGCGGCUUCGCGGCCACUGCGCGCUUGGUUUCAUUAGGGCUCUGCUGUCGCCGUCGUGAAUUUCUUACCAGGUUUGAACAGCUGAUGCAGCGGAUCGAGGGCGGGGAGCUCGAAAGUGGGCAGGGCGGAGCUGUGGGGCUCCCAGCGCCCCGAGCGCCGAGCUUUUGGGAGCCUGGCGGGCCGCCGCCUCGGAAGGUCUCAUUUUACCUUCCGCCCGGGCAUCUUCCCGCCCGGCGCCGCGGUGGGAGCCGCCCGGUCUUGGGAGUCCCGGGACCCCUGACCGUGCCCAGCGCGGCCGCAGCGGUUUCUCCCUUGCUCUGACACAGGAGGGCCAGCCCUGGGUCCCAGCCAGGACCCAGGUUUGUACGACCCUUUACCUGCACGUGGGCCGCCGGGACGGAAGCGGAGUGUGCACCGGCCCAACCCUCCCAGACCCUCGUCGCCCACGGCCGCUGUCCCUCCCACGGCCUGGGACGCGCCCCAGCGCCCCCGCCCCCCACUUCAGGAUGCAGCCCCGGCUCCCGCCCCGCGCCUACAUUCACAUCCUGCGCCCCGACCCCCGGGGUCUCCGAGUCUGGAGGCGCUUUCCUCUCGUGCACGCGGCCCCUCCUGUCGCUUCCUUCCUCCGACAGCGAGGCACAAACAGCCGGGACCAUCCGGGGCCCGGCCCAGGGAGGGCGCAGCCUCCCCCGACCCAUGUGUCCCUCAGAUACUCCUCCCACCCCCAAUUGUUCUCCCUUUUGGACCAACGGCUCUGCCUUCCAGGCGGCCGGGACGCGGUCCCAGGACUGGAGACCGUUGCCUGUCGGCCCCCGUGUGACCCGGGGCGCGUGACGGGGGUCGGGGGAACUGCGCCUGCAAUGGGCGUUUAUGGCCCCCAGGACCGGUCUGAGAGUGAGAAGAGGGAUGUGCAGAGAGAUCCCCCGCCUUGGCAUCGGAGGAGAGAGGGGGAGAGGCCCGCUCGGGCCCGGUCCCUUCCUCUCGCUGCAGCGGGGCAGGGUUUUCUCAGGAAAACCUGGAUUAGCGAACAUGAAAACUCUCCCACCAUGUCGCAGAAUGGAUACUUUGAGGAUUCAACAGCUGGGUCUCUAGGCUACUACAAGUGUGACACAGAUGACACCUUCGAAGCCCGAGAGGAGACCCUGGGGGAUGAGGCCUUCGACACUGCCAACUCCUCCAUCGUGUCUGGCGAGAGUAUCCGUUUUUUUGUCAAUGUCAACCUUGAGAUGCAGGCCACCAACUCUGCAGAGAAUGAAGCGACUUCCGGUGGCUGUGUGCUCCUGCACACCUCCCGAAAGUACCUGAAGUUAAAGAACUUCAAGGAAGAGAUCCGUGCGCACCGCGACCUAGAUGGCUUCCUGGCGCAGGCCAGCAUCGUCCUGAACGAGACGGCCACCUCCCUGGAUAACGUGCUGCGGACCAUGCUUCGCCGCUUCGCCCAGGACCCUGACAACAAUGAGCCCAACUGCAACCUGGACCUGCUCAUGGCCAUGCUCUUCACCGAUGCCGGGGCACCCAUGCAGGGUAAAGUCCACCUGCUGUCAGAUACCAUCCAAGGGGUCACCGCCACAGUGACAGGGGUGCGGUACCAGCAGUCGUGGCUCUGCAUCAUCUGUACCAUGAAGGCCCUACAGAAGCGGCACGUGUGCAUCAGCCGCCUGGUUCGCCCACAGAACUGGGGGGAGAAUUCCUGCGAGGUUCGGUUCGUCAUCCUGGUGCUGGCCCCACCCAAGAUGAAAAGCACUAAGACUGCGAUGGAGGUGGCGCGCACCUUUGCCACCAUGUUCUCGGAUAUCGCCUUCCGCCAGAAGCUCCUGGAGACCCGCACAGAGGAGGAAUUCAAGGAGGCCUUGGUGCAUCAGAGACAGCUGCUCACCGUGGUGAGCCACGGUCCAGUGGCGCCGAGAAUGAAGGAACGCAGCACAGUCUCCCUCCCUGCCCACAGACACCCAGAGCCCCCAAAGUGCAAGGACUUUGUCCCUUUUGGGAAGGGCAUCCGGGAGGACAUCGCACGCAGGUUCCCCUUGUACCCCUUGGACUUCACUGAUGGCAUUAUUGGGAAAAACAAGGCUGUGGGCAAAUACAUCACCACCACCCUGUUCCUCUACUUCGCCUGCCUCCUGCCCACCAUCGCUUUCGGGUCUCUCAAUGACGAGAACACAGACGGAGCCAUCGACGUGCAGAAGACCAUAGCCGGGCAGAGCAUCGGGGGCCUGCUCUACGCGCUCUUCUCUGGGCAGCCAUUGGUGAUUCUGCUGACCACCGCGCCCCUGGCGCUCUACAUCCAGGUGAUUCGUGUCAUCUGUGAUGACUAUGACCUGGACUUCAACUCCUUCUACGCAUGGACGGGCCUGUGGAAUAGUUUCUUCCUUGCGCUUUAUGCCUUUUUCAACCUCAGCCUGGUCAUGAGUCUCUUCAAGAGGUCGACGGAGGAGAUCAUCGCCCUCUUCAUUUCCAUCACGUUUGUGCUGGAUGCUGUCAAGGGCAUGGUUAAAAUCUUCUGGAAGUACUACUAUGGGCAUUACUUGGACGACUAUCACACAGAAAGGACUUCAUCCCUUGUCAGCCUGUCAGGCCUCGGCGCCAGCCUCAACGCCAGCCUCCACACUGCCCUCAACGCCAGCUUCCUGGCCAGCCCCACGGAGCUGCCCUCGGCCACACACUCAGGCCAGGCGACCGCCGUGCUCAGCCUCCUCAUCAUGCUGGGCACGCUCUGGCUGGGCUACACCCUCUACCAAUUCAAGAAGAGCCCCUACCUGCACCCCUGCGUGCGAGAGAUCCUGUCUGACUGUGCCCUGCCCAUCGCGGUGCUCGCCUUCUCCCUCAUCAGCUCCCAUGGCUUCCGGGAAAUCGAGAUGAGCAAGUUCCGCUACAACCCCAGCGAGAGCCCCUUUGCGAUGGCGCAGAUCCAGUCGCUGUCCCUGAGGGCCAUCAGCGGUGCCAUGGGCCUCGGCUUCCUGCUGUCCAUGCUCUUCUUCAUCGAGCAGAACUUGGUGGCCGCCUUGGUGAAUGCGCCGGAGAACAGGCUGGUGAAGGGCACUGCCUACCACUGGGACCUCCUGCUCCUCGCCAUCAUCAACACAGGGCUGUCUCUGUUUGGGCUGCCUUGGAUCCAUGCCGCCUACCCCCACUCCCCGCUGCACGUGCGAGCCCUGGCCUUAGUGGAGGAGCGUGUGGAGAACGGACACAUCUAUGACACGAUUGUGAACGUGAAGGAGACGCGGCUGACCUCGCUGGGCGCCAGCGUCCUGGUGGGCCUGUCCCUGUUGCUGCUGCCGGUCCCGCUUCAGUGGAUCCCCAAGCCCGUGCUCUAUGGCCUCUUCCUCUACAUCGCGCUCACCUCCCUCGAUGGCAACCAGCUCGUCCAGCGCGUGGCCCUGCUGCUCAAGGAGCAGACUGCGUACCCCCCGACACACUACAUCCGGAGGGUGCCCCAGAGGAAGAUCCACUACUUCACGGGCCUGCAGGUGCUUCAGCUGCUGCUGCUGUGUGCCUUCGGCAUGAGCUCCCUGCCCUACAUGAAGAUGAUCUUUCCUCUCAUCAUGAUCGCCAUGAUCCCCAUCCGCUAUAUCCUGCUGCCCCGAAUCAUUGAAGCCAAGUACUUGGAUGUCAUGGAUGCUGAGCACAGGCCUUGACUGGCAGACCCUGACCACGCCCCAUUCGCCAGCUCUCCACGUCCUCCCAAGCUGGCUCUGGAGCUGUGAGGGGAGGUGUAGGUGUGUGGGUGACUGCUCUGUGCUGCGCCUUCUCAUGGCUGACUCAGGCCUGGGGCAUCUGGGCAUUGUAGGGGUGCAGUGGUAUGUGCCCACCCCUCUCCCAUUAUCCUUUAGCUUUAGGCCAAGAGCGUUGCUCAGGGCAGCUUCUGCCCAGGGUGGGUGGGACUGAGCAGGAUGGAUUUUCUUUUGAUAAAAGAGUCGACGCCUGAAAGAGAAACCAUUUCCUUGAUUGUGUAAGGAACUUGCUGUACGCACAUUAGAGAAUAAAGCUCCUGUUUCUAGGCU